AUGCAGACAGCCGUCGUCCUGUGCCUGCUGGUGGCGCUCUGCAGCGCUGCGCCCCCCACGGGGUCCCACUUGCCCAGACCGCGCCUCGAUGGCCGCAUCGUGGGCGGCGAGGCCGUAGACAUCUCGCAGUACCCCUGGCAGCUGUCGCUGCAGAAGCUGGGCUCCCACAGCUGCGGCGCCUCCAUCAUCAGCUCCGACUGGGUGCUGACGGCGGCCCACUGUCUCGAGGGACCCUUUAUCAACUUCAUGUCCUUCAGAGCCGGAUCGUCCAUCCGCGAAAGCGGCGGAACUGCGGUGAGCCUCGGCUCGACGGAGCCAUCUGCAGGCACAGCGGUGACCGUCACGGGCUGGGGCGACCUGUCCAUCGGAGGCUCCUCCCCUACAGCUCAGGCGGUCACCACGUCCAUCGUGGCCCGUACCGCCUGUAACUCUGCCUACGGUGGCGAAAUCGCGUGGCACAUGAUCUGCGCCAGCGAAGAUGCGGGUGGCAAGGACUCGUGCCAGGGCGACAGCGGAGGACCCCUGGUGGAAGGAUCCACCCAGUACGGCAUCGUCUCCUGGGGCAGAGGAUGCGCUCUGCCCGGCUGCCCUGGCGUCAACGCCAUCGUGGUGAACUUGCGUUCCUGGGUAACUCAAGUAACAGGUGUCUAG